UAUAAAGUUAUAUAAAAUGGACAAGUUAAAGGAGAAACUCGCUGAUCUUCGUUCUCAAGCUGAAUCUGCUAAUGCUCUUUGUGAAGAAUAUGAAGCCAAGAUUAAGCAACUUGAACAAGAACAUACCUCAAAGGACCAUGAACUUCUUUCUCUUCAAAUCCGUAUAAAGAAUUUGGAAGAGCAACUGGAUAAGACUGAAAACAGUUUACAAACUACAUCCACAGAUUACAAUAAAGCUGACUUGAGGGCUGAAGAGGCUGAACGUAAGGUUCAAAAACUCGAACAAGAAUUGUUAGAUAAAGAGCAAGGCUAUGAAGAAUUAACAGAAAAGUAUAAUAAUGCCAAGAACGAGUUGGACGAAUUGGCUCGCCAAAUGGAUGACUUGUAAAAGAAAUAAUAAAGUAUUUCAUGUUACUAUCAUGAAGUUGUUAUAUGGAAAUCGACGUAGGGUGAGCGUUAUCACAAAAGGUCAAGGUGGACGCGCGUAUACAAAUAGAUAUGUUUAGCUGGUAAAGGUCAACUGAUGAUGUUUAUGGACUGAGCAUUUAGUAAACCAAAAUGAGACGCACUGCGUCAUCAUCAUAUAUGACCUGUAUUAGGAUCAAAAAAAAGUUGAUUUUCGUGCACUGCUGUGCGAUUUGUUGCUACAGCCCAAAACGAUGUGUGAAACCAUCAAAAUUAAAUCACCGCAUUUGGUAAUUUUCUACGUCAGCUGAGAUUGUUUCUUUUUUAACUUUUUUUUUGGCCUUUUUUUCUCUUUUUCC